CUUAUGAGCUACCAGUGCCUGUCUUUCUUUUAAGAAAUGUACGUAAACCAAUCACCUGGGUGGCUCAUGCCAUGGAUUCUUGAUCAUUUUUCCCAUAACAACCACCCAACUUCUGCUAAAAACAUUUUGCAUAUCAAAAAAAUGUAAAAUUUUCAUAGCAUCACUUAAAUUGAGUGGCCUAGGAGGCCAUGGCCUAGGAGGAUUACCAUAACUUUGAAUUUGCUCUUUGGCCACUGUUUGCUUCGUGGGAGACCUAUUUCUACAAAGUUAGGGCAUGGAAAUACCAGAGCACAUGAGUUAAACACGGGACUGAGAGCUUCUCCAUAUCACUUGAGCUGUGUAUAUGGACAUGGGGAUAUUCUGGCUGAUCAAAACAGUAUAAUAAAUCUACAAUCAGACCUAUACAAGUAAAUGGGUCCAGUAAUUGGAAUGACUCCAGAUAAGAGAGCUGAAACCCCAGGAGCUGAAAAGAUUGCAGGACUAAGCCAAAUUUACCAAAUGGGAAGCUUGCCCGAAGCUGUUGAUGCUGCUGGGCCAAAGGCCACUCUGGUAGGCAGUGAGUCAACAGAUGAUGAACUCACAAACUUGAACUGGCUUCAUGAAAGUACUAAUCUUCUAACAAACUUCAGCCUCGGAAGUGAAGGUCUUCCAAUGGUUAGUCCAUUGUAUGAUAUAGAGGGAGAUGAUGUGCCAUCUUUUGGGCCAUCUUGCUACCAGAACCCAGAAAAAAAAUCAGCAACUUCAAAGCCCCCAUACUCCUUUAGUCUUCUCAUUUAUAUGGCUAUUGAACACUCUCCAAAUAAAUGUUUGCCUGUCAAAGAAAUUUAUAGCUGGAUUUUGGAUCGCUUCCCAUACUUUGCUACUGCACCAACAGGCUGGAAGAAUUCUGUUCGACAUAAUCUGUCCUUAAACAAAUGUUUUCAGAAAGUGGAAAGAAGCCACAGCAAGGUAAAUGGAAAAGGUUCCUUAUGGUGUGUUGAUCCAGAGUAUAAACCCAAUCUUAUACAGGCACUGAAGAAGCAACCUUCCUCUUUACAAAGUAAUUCUUUAUCACCUCAGUACUUAAGCUCUGUUCUUAAGCAGAACCAAGUGCGAACCCUCAAAGAGUCUGAUAUUGAUGCUGCCACUGCAAUGAUACUUUUAAAUACUUCUAUAGAACAAGGGAUUCUAGAAUGUGAGAAGCCUCUUCCUCUUAAAACAUCAUUGCAAAAAAAGAGGAAUUAUAACAAUGCAUUUAGUCAUCCCAGUGCUGCGCAAUUACAAGAGAGUGAUUCUUUAGCCACCAGCAUUGAUCCAAAAGAAGACCACAAUUACAGUGCAAGUAGCAUGGCAGCACAGCGCUGUGCGUCCAGGUCUAGUGUAUCUUCCCUGUCUUCUGUGGAUGAGGUAUAUGAAUUUAUCCCAAAGAGUAGCCAUGUGGGAAGUGGUGGCAGUGAAGGAUUUCAUAGUGAAGAAGACACAGAUGUUGAUUAUGAAGAUGAUCCCCUUGCAGACAGCAGCUAUGAGCCACAGGCUUGCACAGAUGACUCUCAAAAAGGGCAGCCAGGCAAAAAGAUGCGAAAACAGUCAUGUCAAGAAAUUGAUGAGGAGCUCAAAGAAGCAGCCGGAUCUCUGCUCCACCUUGCUGGAAUUCGUACAUGUCUAGGUUCCCUAAUAAGUACUGCAAAGACACAAAGUCAAAAACAAUGGAAAAAAUAGAAGUAUUUACUAGGGUUAAAUUAUUUUAUAGUGUGGCAAUACUCUUCUACUUAAUUAUUUACAAGGGAUAUCAAAGCCAUAAUGGACUUCUUAAGUUUUAGGGUGGGAGAGGGUGCCAAUUGUUUCUUUCAAAGUACUUUUGGUUACUUUUUUUUCUCAUUAAACAGUUGCUAUUAAUUAGGAUCAUGCCCAACCAUAAAUAUAUGAUCUAAAUGCUUAAAAACAUAAUUUCUAUGAUAAAUGAUUUCAAGAUUUAAAAUUUUUAAUACAAGGAAAUCUCUAGCCUCUGUCUUAAACUUAUAGGAAAAGCUCCUUUAUUCAUGUAUCACAAUGUAAGAUUUGGCAAGUCUAACUUUUAGUUUUUCUCUCCCAUCUGUAAUUAACUAUAGUUAUCAAUUGCUGAUAUCUUCAUAUAAUCUUUUUUCUGACUCACAAUGUAAUAGAUAAGAUUGUGAUUUUUAUUUUGUCUUAAAUUAUUUUUCUGUUGUGGCAUGAGCAAAGUCCAAUAUACAUUGGAAAAGAUCCUAAAUGUCUACAAAACUCUUUCUGGUUGCAUAAGUAAUAGAAAAGGUAAUUUGGGAAUGUGAUUUCAUCUAAGAAGACUAAUUCUUAUUAUAGCAGUAGUUUGAAAUGUUUUUAUUAAUGCAUAGCAUUCAUUCAGGCCUUUUAUUCUUUCCCAAAGUGCUUUGCAUCAAUUGUUGAAAUUUUAGCCACUAGCUGUCUUUGUUGAGUAGAAAUUAUUCAGUGAGAGAAUACAGCCAUAGAGAAUGUAAUGGGAUAACAUAAUUUUGACAUACUUUUGCAAUAAGAGAAUCUUUCAUUUACUUCUUUUCCUCUCUUCCCCUCUUUUCUCUCUCUUUUUCUCUCUCUUUUCCAGUAACUGAGGAUUGAACUCAGGGCCCUAUCAUGCUUGCUAGACAAGCACUCUACCACUUGAGCCAUGCUCCAGUUCCAAUUUCCUUCCUAAAUACACAGUUUUCUGAGCACAUUUUAACAGUUAUGGAGUAUAAUUUUACAUACUAACUACUUAUGUCAUUAUAAGGUCAUCAAGUAGAAACUUCUUUCCAAGCUUUGUAUGGAUUAUAAUUGUAUAUUAAAUUACUUUUUAAAAGAUUUAGUAAAACUAGAGAAAAAAAAAACCUUCAGGGAUUUAAAAACUCAUACAAAAUUAGGUCUUACACCAAACUCUUUGAAGGAGCAGUGUAAUGCCUGUAUGUGCCAUUAAUCCAUGCUAAAAGAUUUUAUAUUACUAUUCCAAAAGUGCAUUGACCAAGGCAAUUUAAGUAUUGAUCAAAUCUGCUUGUACGAGACAGCUUUCAUAUCACUUACAUAGCUAGACUUCAGAAAGAACAGUGGAUGUUAAUACCAUUGAUUCAUUGUUUCUUACAAUAGUGAGAGCAACUUAUUUAACUUGUCUCAUGAUACAGCCUCUGUUAUGGACAAUGAUCUUGUUUUUGCUUUUCAGAUAAUUGAUAUGCAUUUAUAUACAUACAUACACACAUGCAGUCAAGGUUCAUAUUGUUCAUUUCUUUCAGUCAUUUUUGUGACUAAAAAGCAUCCUCAUGGAUUUUUUUUAAAGAGAUGAAUGUUUUAAUUUUAACUUAUCAUUUUUAUUUGGGCAAAAUUCAAAUGAGAAUGAUAACAAGAGCAUCUUUUUCAGCUGAUAAAUCUUUAGGCCAAGAAUAACAGCAUUAAUAUUCUUUAUCCUUUUCCUGUAUUACUAUAAUUGAAACUAGAUAGGCUACAUUAGUAGAAUUGGUGCUCUGAAACAAUAAAAUUCUAAUUUGUUGGGUAAUAGUGAAGUAUUUGGAAUUUUUUCCUCAUAAAUAUCAUAUCUCCAGACAGUGGCUAAAUGAAAGUAGCCUUUCCUACUGUGGACAGUGAAUAAAUACAGAGAAAAAAGUGUUUUUUACCACAGUAUAAAAGACAUUACAGAAAUCAAUUUAAUAACUAUUUUUAAGCUAUUCACUGUGGCCCUGUGGGUAUACCUUAGUAACAGUGUUUUUGUUUGGGUAGUUGGUUUUCCUUGCCAUGCUGGGGGUGGAACCUGCUGAAUAAGUGCUCUGUCACUGAGCCCCACCAUUGCCCAGUGUAUUGCUAUGAUAUAUUCCACUUUACUUUGUUCUCCUGAAAUUCUGUACCAUGGAUAUUCUUCCUGGCUCCUGUCCAUUAGGUAAUUACUCUUCUACAAGUAAAUGAAAAUUAUCUAAGAUGAGGAAGAGGAAAAGUUAUUCUCAACUCUAAUAGGGAUCUUCAAAGAUUCUUGUCUUAUUAUAUAUAGCAAUAACUUUAUCACUUUUUCCUCUGAGUCUUCAGUGUUCUCCUUCC